ACCUUCAGUUCCGUACAACAAUGGCUCUCCAAGCUGCUUAUUCUCUUCUUCCUUCAUCCAUUUCAAUCCAAAAAGAGGGCAAAUUCAAUGCUUCUCUAAAGGAGACGACUUUAACUGGUUCUUCAUUUGCCAACCAUCUUAGAGCUGACAAGAUCUCCACACUGUUAACCAUCAAGGAACAGAGAAGACAAAAACCGCGAUUUUCCACCGGUAUUCGUGCACAGACAGUUACAGCCACGCCACCGGCAAGCGAGGCAUCGCCGGAGCAAAAGAAGACUGAGAGAAAAGGCACUGCAGUGAUCACUGGAGCUUCGUCUGGUUUAGGUUUAGCUACAGCCAAAGCUUUAGCAGACACAGGGAAAUGGCAUGUGAUCAUGGCUUGUAGGAACUUUCUCAAGGCCGAGAAAGCAGCGAGAUCUGUAGGAAUGUCUAAGGAAGAUUACACUGUGAUGCAUCUUGAUCUUGCUUCGCUUGAAAGCGUGAAGCAGUUCGUUGAAAAUUUCAGGAGAACAGAACAACCCCUCGAUGUUCUUGUCUGCAAUGCCGCGGUUUACCAACCAACUGCUAAAGAACCUUCUUUUACAGCUGAAGGCUUUGAGCUAAGCGUUGGAACCAACCAUCUUGGUCAUUUUCUUCUUUCAAGAUUGCUUCUUGAUGACCUGAAAAAAUCUGAUUAUCCAUCAAAACGUAUGAUCAUCGUAGGAUCUAUAACAGGAAACACAAAUACUUUGGCUGGAAAUGUACCGCCAAAGGCAAACCUUGGUGACCUAAGAGGCUUAGCAUCUGGAUUGAAUGGGCAAAACAGUUCAAUGAUAGAUGGAGGAGAGUUUGAUGGAGCAAAGGCUUACAAAGACAGCAAAGUCUGCAAUAUGCUGACAAUGCAGGAGCUUCACAGACGUUACCACGAGGAAACCGGAGUCACGUUUGCCUCUCUUUACCCUGGUUGCAUUGCUACAACAGGGUUGUUCAGAGAACACAUACCGUUGUUUCGGCUUCUUUUUCCGCCUUUUCAGAAGUAUAUCACCAAAGGUUAUGUAUCUGAAGAGGAAGCUGGGAAAAGAUUAGCACAGGUUGUGAGUGACCCUAGUCUUGGAAAGUCAGGAGUGUAUUGGAGCUGGAACAAUAACUCGUCAUCGUUUGAGAAUCAGCUCUCUAAAGAAGCAAGUGAUGCAGAGAAGGCAAAGAAACUGUGGGAGGUUAGCGAGAAGCUUGUUGGUUUGGCUUGAAAUUAAGAUUUUUGAUAUGCAAAUUCAUAUAGAUUACUAUGUUUGGUGACAUGUACCAUAAGUAUGAUCAAUCAGAACAAUAUAUUCGAGUGAAGUUCAAUAGAGUGAAUAAUCGAAUUUGAUUCUG